AUGAGAACUCACACAGGUCAGAAGAUUUAUGAAUGUCUGUAUUGUGGAAAAAGCUUUUCUUAUAAGUGUAAUUUUAAUAGACACAUUAGAAUUCACACAGGGGAGAAGCCUAUCUCCUGUACAAUUUGUGGCAAAGGUUUUAAUGUAAAAAGUGGUUUGACUGAACACAUGAGAACUCACACUGAUGAGAAGCCUUUUGAAUGUCUGUCGUGUGGGAAAAGCUUUUCUUAUAAAUUUAACCUUAAUAGACACAUCAGAAUCUACACCGGUGAGAAGCCUUUCUACUGUACAAUUUGUGGCAAAAGUUUUACUAUUAAAUGUAGUUUAACUGAACACUUGAUAAUUCACACAGGUGAGAAGCCUUUUACGUGUCAGUCCUGUGGAAAAAGCUUCAAUUCUAAGUCUGAACUUAAUAGACACAUCAGAAUUCACACAGGUGAGAAGCCUUUUAGAUGUGUAUAUUGUGAAAAAAGCUUCAAUCAGAAAUGUGAUCUUGAUGCACACAUCAGAGUUCACACAGGUGAGAAGCCUUUUACUUGUCCAUCCUGUGGAAAGAGUUUCCUCUCUACGUCUAUUCUUAAUACACACAUCAGAAUCCACACAGGUGAGAAGCCGUUCUCCUGUACAAUUUGUGGCAAAAAUUUUAGCCAGAAAGGUAGUUUGUCUAACCACAUGAGAAUUCACUCAGAUGAAACAACCUUUUCUUGUAAGACCUGUGGAAAAGGCUUCAAUCGGAAAUUUAAUUUUGAUAGACACAUUAGAAUUCACACAGAUUAAAGCCUUUCUUCUAUACUAUUUGCGGGGCGACAGUGGCUGAGGAUGAAAGAGUUUGCCCUGCAACUGGUGUGUUGUCAGUUCAAACCCCGGCUCCGACUUUCAGUGACGUGUCGUACUGAUGGCGGCUAGAGGGACUAGUGGCACCUGAGUGUGUGCGAGAAUAACUGAAUGGAGUGUAAAGAGAUUUGGUCCAUCCUCUGACUUGAUAAAGCGCUAUAACAACAGGCCAUUUACCUGUACAGGUUAAAGUUUUAUUGGAAAAAGUAACUGGACAAGGCACGUGAUGGCUCAUGUGAGAAUAAUUUUUCAUCCAUGACACAUGAAAUUCAAUCAUAAAAAGGGAGAUUUGUUGCUUCUAAUAAGAAGUCACAAAACAGUGAUGCCAUUUUAGCCUCACAAAAAAGGACACCUUAAAUGCAUUAAGCCUUAAAACUUCAACAUUCCUCAGAGAAUCUCUUUAACUGAGAUUUAAACGACCUCUCCCCUUUUUUUUUGCUUAUUAAAUGUUUGCACAGUUCUUAGAUACAAUAAUACUCUGUGAUUGUUAGCUAAUAAAGGUACUGUUGUAUUUUAACCCGUGGCUUUUUGUGGUUAUUUUAUGCAAUCGUUUAUUACUCAGGCUGGAUUCACUCUUCUUUUAGCAACAUUCAAAUGAACAGAGACGGAUUUAUCUGCUUGGUGAUUAAUAACUCUUCAGAUAGGCAUACUCUAAAUUACUAAAUUGGUAAAGGGAACGGGAUUUUAAACAGCCAGCCCAGGAGUCCAACCUUUUAUCUAAAAGACUAAGAA